UUACCUUGUCACUGGGGAGCCAGCCAGGCCAACGGGAUGCCACUUCUGGAAGCAGUCAUCUUCUCCUGUCUCUGGGCCUUUGGCCUCGGGCAGGUGAAGUUGGAGCAACCUGAAAUAUCAAUUUCCAGAGCAAGAUAUAAGAGUGCCCCCAUACUAUGCAAGGUAUCUUCUAAAGACUUUACCAAUGAAGUCAUACACUGGUACCGGCAGAAACCACAUCAGGAGAUAGAACAUCUAACAUAUAUCUUGACAAGCUAUACUCAAGUUUCUUUAGGUGGGAAGAAAAACAAACUUGAAGCAACUAAAAAUGCUAUUACUUCUACUUCAACCUUGAAGGUAAAUUUCUUAGAGCAAGAAGAUGAGGCCAUGUACUACUGUGCCUGCUGGGACUGGAUCCACAGCAUCAGAGUUGCUAAGAAAAGCUACGCAAGAACCAUCUUAAGAUCAAAUUGCCAGUACAAGGUUUCUUCCUGCUGGUCCUGCCAUGAAGCUCAGGAGAAGGCUGAUGUUUUUGUAGAACCUCUAACUAAUGUGGUAACAGUCUGGGUCAAGAGAUUUGCACAAGGAACUAAGCUCAUAGUAACACCCCCAGAUAGAAACCUUGAUGCAGCCAUUUUCCCCAAGCCUACAAUAUUUUUUCCUUCAAUUGCUGAAAGAAGACUCCAUAAGUCUGGAACAUAUCUUUGUCUUCUUGAGGAUUUUUUCCCUGAUGUUAUUAAGAUAGAUUGGAAAGAAAAGGAUAAAACAAUUCUGACAUCUCAGCAGGGAGACACCAUGAAGACUAAGGACACAUACAUGAAAUUCAGCUGGCUGACUGUGACUGAAGCGUCAAUGGAGAAAGAACACAAAUGUAUCAUUGAACAUGAGAUGAAUAAAGGAAAAGCUGUUCAAGAGAUUCUAUUUUCUUCCCAUAUAAAAGAGCUUUCUGCUAUUACAUCUAGAAAAUCUUUCUUGAAAGAUGAAACUGACACCCUGCAGGUGCAGCUCAUGAACACCUCUGCCUACUACACCUACCUUCUCCUCCUUUUCAAGAACCUGAUCUACUUUGCCAUCAUUCUCUUCUAUCUGCUUGGGAUACCAGCACUCUGUGGCAAUGGGAAGAGCUCCUAGCACAUGGUGCCAUCACGUGUCCACUUGUCUUCAUUGGCUAUUAUUUCCUAAAGCAUCAUCUGAGUAUAUAAUGGGGCAUUCUAGAUUUGGGUUAUUUCGGUUCACAUGUGUCUUUCUAUUGUAUCAUUAUUGAAGAAUGAUUUUACAAACAAUUGGGCAAGCAGAAAAGUUCACUCUGCAGCAAGAACAACUUCUGCCAUGACUUAAGUGUAGGGUCAGGGGGUUAUCCACAGGGGCUUCAACACUGCUCUCUCUUUAAUGUCUGCCAGCUCCUCAGAGCCACCUGUGCCUCUAAGUUUAGCCAACACAGAGCUUCUAGGUGCAUCUCCUGGGGCCCUUUAACCAGAUAAUUGCUUCAAAACCUUUUAUUUUGCCCAUCUGGAAACUGACAUCUUUGCUUUCAUAAUAGGCACAAUAAAAACAAUCAAAAGUCUA